UGCAUCUCAGCUUGUGCGGUUCGUUCUUUGUUCGUGCCCCUCCUGAGCGAGAGGAAAAAAUAAGCCUGCUGGUCUGCGAGGCGGACGUCUACUAUCAUACAUAGAGAAAACUCGCUUCGCAUCCACAACAUCUGUGCGGCAAUAUCCUGGAGGACACCCACCCCCGUUCUCUGGACUGAUCGGGAGUACUGAGAGGGGGUGACUAAGAGAAGCAACGCGGAUAGGAUGGCAUCCUUUCCGUUCAUGCCCAUGGCGGUGCUCACCGUCGGUUUGCUCAGCGCUUGGAUCGUCCAGCUAGGCGUGAUCGCUUACGCGGGAUACAUGGUGCGCCACUUGGGUAUCGUCGAGGACAAGGAUCAAGCCGAGAGCAGGGUAAAGAUGGCUACCAGGCGCGAAGAUGAAGCCCGCCAAGCAGUGGAGGCCCGCCGAGCAGCGGAGGCCCGCCAAGCAGCGGAGGCCCGCCAAGCAGCGGAGGAAGCCAGGAUCGAAGAACUGGUCAACGAGAGAGUAGCAGCUCGGAUGGAGCAGAUGAUGGAGGAGAAACUGACCAAGAAGAUGGCCGAGAUGGAGGUACGGCAACGAGCCGAGCAGCUGAGCACAGAAGAUCUCCGGAGCGGGAACGAGGAAAAAGGGGUACCACACCAGCAAGCGACUGGGGGCCCAUCGCCCAACCCCUCCGCAGACGAGCUGGCCAACGCGAUUGCGACUGCCAUGGCCGGUCGCCUCCAGACCUCAUCAGGGGAUAUCGGUGCAGUACCACACCCUGCAACUCUCCGUAUGACUGAGAGUAGAAGAAUUGAGCCUUGGGAUGGUGUGUUUAAGUCGGGGGACAAUAAGCAGCAAAAGCUUUUGAUUUUCAGAUCGAGCAUGGUAGCACGGUUUGCACAGGAGGAUGUUCACGAAGUAGUGAUGAGCAACCAAGACAUCCCAGUAGGGAGGCAAGGCAUCAGCAUGGUA